AUGUCGACACACAAAAAUACAUUUCCACGUAUUAGUAACAAAUCACCCAACGACCCUUACCUCUCUCUCCGCCGUCUCGCCGAUUCCUCCAUCGCAAGAGCUCAAAAACUCAAACAACCCACCACCAUUAAACCCGACGAAGAAGCUCUCUCCGCCGUCUCCACCGCUUCCGCCACCGUCGUGAAAUCCCCUCUCUCUCCCCGUAGCUACGGUGGAUACUCUGUCUCUCUCAGCUUCGGUACACCGUCGCAGACAAUCCCUUUCGUAUUCGAUACCGGAAGUAGCCUCGUCUGGUUCCCUUGUACCUCCAAGUAUCUCUGCUCCAAUUGCGAUUUCUCCGGUUUGGAUCCGACCCGGAUCCAAAAAUUCGUGCCCAAGAACUCAACCUCGUCUCGGAUUAUCGGGUGUCAGAAUCCGAAAUGCCAAUUCAUAUUCGGACCCAAUGUUCAAUGCAGAGGAUGUGACCCGAAUACCCGUAACUGCACCGUCAAUUGUCCACCGUACAUUAUCCAAUACGGUUUAGGAUCAACGGCUGGGCUUUUGCUAUCGGAAACACUUGAUUUUCCGGAUCUAACCGUACCCGAUUUCGUAGUCGGAUGCUCUGUUAUCUCGACCCGACAACCCGCUGGUAUUGCCGGGUUUGGUCGUGGAUCCGAAUCGCUUCCUUCUCAGAUGAAGCUCAAGAGGUUCUCUCAUUGUUUGGUUUCUCGUCGAUUCGACGAUACAGAUGUGAGCUCCGAUCUCGAUUUAGAUACCGGGUCGGGUCAUAAAUCCGGGUCGAAAACUCCGGGUCUUAGCUAUACGCCGUUUCGAAGCAACCCUAAUGUCUCGAACUCUGCUUUUCUCGAGUAUUAUUACCUCAAUCUCCGGCGAAUCUACGUCGGAAGCAAGCACGUGAAGAUUCCUUACAAGUUUUUAGCUCCGGGAAUUGAUGGUAACGGAGGAUCCAUCGUCGAUUCAGGAUCUACAUUCACUUUCAUGGAUCGACCCGUUUUCGAUCUCGUUUCUGAAGAAUUCGCUACACAGAUGUCGAAUUACAGUAGAGAAAAGGACUUAGAGAAACUCACCGGACUUGGGCCGUGUUUUAAUAUCUCCGGCGAGGGAUCGGUGACACUGCCGGAGUUGAUCUUCGAGUUUAAAGGCGGAGCGAAAAUGGAAUUGCCGUCAUCGAAUUACUUCUCGUUCGUCGGAAGCGCUGAUAACAUCUGUUUAACGGUGGUUUCUGAUUCCAUCGUCGGUCCUUCCGGCGGCGGAAAGAGCGGUCCGGCGAUAAUUCUGGGGAGUUUCCAGCAACAGAACUAUCACGUGGAAUACGAUUUGGAGAAUGACAGGUUUGGGUUCGCGAAGAAGAAGUGUAGCCCGUGA